AUGUCUGCAACAUCAGUCAAACCUACCUAUAACAUUUCAAGCAACACAACAUCAAGAAACACUGUUGUUAUUGCUUCUGUUGCUUUAGCUUUAGUGACGGCAAGUUCCCUAGCAGUCCUACUGGUCUGCUUCGCUACAAGACGACAUCAGCAACAACCUUGGAGACUGUGUUUACGUACACACAUUCGGUGCAGAAAGGAUGCCAGACAAGAAGUAGAGAAACUGGAUAUACCGAAGGAACUGCGAAUAGCAAGAAAUCACAUCCGAAUGCACAGAACAAUUGGUGAGGGAUACUUUGGUCUCGUCAUGGAGGGUGAAAUAUACGAUAAGCAAACAUCCUGGACUAGAGUUGCAGUCAAAAUUUCAAAAAGUCACGUGGAGGGAUCAAUCAGUUUGGCAAAUGAAGCUGUAAUCAUGGCAAAAAUAGGCAUCCAUGAAAACGUUGUCAGGUUACUAGGUGUCUGCCAACACAAAGAUUCAAUUCUUCUGAUUAUGGAAUACACAGAACAUGGCAACUUACGUUCACAUCUGCUAUUGCAAAGAAACACAAACACCGGAGAAUGUACACACAGUUGCCCAACACAGAAGGCAUUUCUCUAUGCUCUGCAAGUCGCUAAAGGCAUGACCUAUAUAACAUCUCAAAAGUGCAUACAUGGAGACUUGUCUGCUCGCAAUGUUCUUGUUCAUGCAGGCAAUGUGCUCAAAGUGUCUGACUUUGGUCUUGCAAAAGAUAUCCAUUACUAUGAGUUUUACAAGAGAAAGACUCCUGGAAUUGUUCCUUUCAAAUGGACAGCCCCAGAGACUCUAAUCGAUAAAAUUUACACAGAAGCAAGUGAUGUGUGGUCAUUCGGAGUUCUUCUAUGGGAAAUUGCCACACUUGGAGGCUUACCAUACCCUGGAGUCCCAAUUGAGGAACUCUAUGAGCUGCUCACUAAAAGAAACUACCGCAUGAAGCAACCACCCAACUGUUCAAAGAAAUUAUACAGUUUAAUGGUCAACUGUUGGAACGAACUACCUAAAAAUCGUCCAAGAUUCAGCGAUUUAAUUGGACUAAUAGAGCAAGCAAUGCCAGAGCUGGAAUAAUGAGAUGUAAGUCAAUGCAAUACGUAACUAAUGCACAGGACUGGCUUCAUCCAAUAUGCCAUGUCUCUAGAUAUUGAGACAUUCCACAGAUCAGUGGUAAAGUACAUUACUGUUGAACUGGACAGUACAUUUUAAUUAAGUCAUAGAAAGACUUAGAGACACUAAUCUGUUGGCAGUAAAUGUCACGUGUUAAUUAAUU